UUUCACAACUAACCCUCAACAGACUAGCAAGAUGGCAGAUACUUUUACACCAAACCUAUCAAUAGCACUGUAUCGUUAUCUGUGUCAAAAUAUAGUUGGAUCAGAAGAUUAUGUUAAACGAAUCAGAAUUAUGAACGCUGUCAGGGACGAUUUUGAAAGUAACAAGAAAGUAACUAUUAUAACAAGUGGAAGUUUUGGAGAAGGACUAGAACUGCGAGGCAGUGAUAUAGAUAUAAUGCAUGUAGAUCACGGUUUCGAAGUUUGUGAAGAUAUGAAACCUCGUGUUACUCCAAAUAGAACAUUGUUUUCAAUGGUAACAGACGAUGUAAAACCUGGUUUUACUCAGUUGAAACUAGAACAUUGCACAUUUCUUGAUGCUUUAAAUUGCUGUAAAGAGUAUAAUGGUGAAUACUAUUUGUCAAGUGAAAUAUUUAAACACCAUUUCUUGUUUGAAGGAGUUUGUAUUCAUGGACCAUGUAUAUCGGACGAAGAUGAUACGAUUGACCUUGCCAUUUGUAUUCAUUGUAAAAAGUGGAUAUCGUCUGCAGUACAAUGGGUAACACGAUCAAGUAACUCAUGGCCGAGUAAUGAGGUGAAACAAAAUAUUUUAAAACACGGAGUAAUUGUUGUGCCGAUUGGAGUUAAGGAUUCACUAAAGGAAGAUCUAGAAUGGCGAAUAUCUUUUUCAGUUGGUGAAAAACUUCUAAUAAAUUCAUUUACACAUACUCAAUUACUAUGUUAUGCUCUCUUAAAAAUUAUUUUGAAAGAUGUAAUAGGUACUCAUUCCGAUUGUAAUGAUUUACUCUGCUCUUAUUUUCUAAAAACAAUAGUUUUUUGGAUAUCUGAAGAACUUCAAGAAUCCGUAUGGACACCUGAUAAUAUUAUACCUUGUUUUAUGCAAUGUUUCAGUAGGCUUGUUUAUUGUGUUGAGCACUCAGUGUGUUUGCAUUACUUCAUUCCAGAGAACAACAUGUUCGAAAACAGAAUAGAGGGUCGGGCUCGUGAAAUACUUUUAGAGAAACUAUAUGCAUUGAAUAGCUAUGGUUGGCGAUGUAUUUUAUUUUCAGAUCAAAUAUCCAACUUUGAUGUAUCGAUUUGGAAUUUGCCCAUCGAACCGCACACACUUUAUGUAAAGGAAGUUGAAAAAACACUGAAAUCCAAAUUAUUUCUUUGUGGAAAUUUUACACUAGGUGUUAAGGAAUCGAAUGUAUUCAAUACAAGAAUAAUACAGACAGUUUCGUGUCAUCAGUCUUCAAUAAAAGACGUAUAUCAAUUCUUCAUGUCAAAAUGGUGCCAUAAGCGUGCUCAGGUUAUACCACUGUGCAGCACAUUACGUAAUAAUAAAUAUCGAUACAGACAGUACAAAUGCAGUCUUAGUACUCUGCUGAAAAAUCUCUAUCAUGACGCUGUAUCUGGAUGGUUGAUGGUAGCUUCCCUUUUCUAUAAGACAAACCAAUACAGUAAAGCUUUGAAUAUUAUCAUGUAUUCCAUAUCGAAAUGUACUGUAGAAAAACUAUACUUCGACAUGACUUUGUCGGAUAUUCAUUACCAGUUGCUGAAAUUGCAAUUAUUCAAGGAGAAAUCUUUUGGCUGUAUGCUUAAAAUAAUGUUAGUGGAUAAUAUUACAUUUGAGAUAAAUUCUGCGUUAACACCAGAUGAAAUUCAAAUGAACGAGUCAAAUAGUGUAUGUUGUCUUCCAUCUACAGCGUAUGCUUAUUUCCUUAAUUUUCUCUGCCAUUAUCACCUCAAUAAUGUCAGACAAUGUCAAGAUUCCCUCCGAUGCUUACAACUGGUUAUAAAUAAAGAUUAUUUAAAUGCAAAACACAGUGUAAAAGCAGAAGCUUACAAAAUUUUGGGAAUUGCCCUACAUUUAUUAGGCAAAUAGGAAUCCGCAAGACAAUUUGCUGAAUUCAACCCGGAUCAAUCAUACAAUUCUGCCAUUGUAAGUCUUUUGUUAAUGAGUUGGAUGUGACAUCUGUGCAUUCAGUUGAACUACCGAAAUAAUGAUGUGAGUGUUUUUUUAUGGCUACAGACGACAAAGUCAAAGUGAUGAAACUUGGUUAAUAAACAUAUAACAGUAUUUAAGGCAUUGCUGUACAAUUAUUAGACGACAAAUAAUCCACAAGACAAUUAUUCUUACAAUAUAUUGAAUAUUAACCGGAUAGAACGUUCUCAACUUGCCGUAUGAAGACUUUUUUAAUGUGUUGAUAGUGCCAUCAGUGCAUUCAGCUAAAACGCGACAUUAUGAUGUUAAUGCAAUUGUUUUGUCUAACAAACGACAAUUUUAAAUUUAUGAAGAUUAAUGAAUAAAUAUGCAUAAGGACAAAGAUGUAAAAUAUUGAAUAUGAAGCAUUUUUGUAUAUGAUAUAGUUACGUUCGUAGCGCUGCAAAAUAAAGAGCAAAAUACCACAUAACGAAACAAAGUUUUGACAAGCCAGUUUUGAGUUAAAAGUGUUUAAUUACGUUAAUUUUCGUUGACAACAUUUCAAU